AUGAACUCUUCUUCCAAAGAAACAGAACAUAAUAUGGAGAUAAAUAGAAAUCAACUAUGUCGGCCUGUUCCCAUCUAUCUAUCUAGGCCUGUUCCCAUCUAUCUAUCUAUCUUGGCCUGUUCUCAUCUAUCUAUCUACCUCUCUCAGCCUGUUCCCAUCUAUCUAUCUUGGCCUGUUCUCAUCUAUCUCUCUCGGCCUGUUCCCAUCUAUCUAUUUAUCUAUCUAUCUAGGCCUGUUCCCAUCUAUCUAUCUAGGCCUGUUCCUAUCUAUCUAUCUAUCUCGGCCUGUUCCCAUCUAUCUAUCUAUCUCAGCCUGUUCCCAUCUAUCUAUCUAUCUAUCUAUCUCAGCCUGUUCCCAUCUAUCUAUCUAUCUAUCUAUCUCAGCCUGUUCCCAUCUAUCUAUCUAUCUAUCUCAGCCUGUUCCCAUCUAUCUAUCUAUCUCAGCCUGUUCCCAUCUAUCUAUCUUGGCCUGUUCCCAUCUAUCUAUUUAUCUAUCUAUCUAGGCCUGUUCCCAUCUAUCUAUCUAUCUCAGCCUGUUCCCAUCUAUCUAUCUAUCUAUCUAUCUCAGCCUGUUCCCAUCUAUCUAUCUAUCUAUCUCAGCCUGUUCCCAUCUAUCUAUCUAUCUAUCUCAGCCUGUUCCCCAUCUAUCUAUCUAUCUCAGCCUGUUCCCAUCAUCUAUCUUGGCCUGUUCCCAUCUAUCUAUUUAUCUAUCUAUCUAGGCCUGUUCCCAUCUAUCUAUCUAGGCCUGUUCUAUCUAUCUAUCUAUCAGGCCUGUUCCCAUCUAUCUAUCUAUCUAUCUCAGCCUCUUCCCAUCUAUCUAUCUAUCUAUCUCAGCCUCUUCCCAUCUAUCUAUCUAUCUAUCUAUCUCAGCCUGUUCCCAUCUAUCUAUCUAUCUAUCUCAGCCUGUUCCCAUCUAUCUAUCUAUCUAUCUCAGCCUGUUCCCAUCUAUCUAUCUAUCUAUCUAUCUAUCUCAGCCUGUUCCCAUCUAUCUAUCUAUCUAUCUAUCUAUCUCAGCCUGUUCCCAUCUAUCUAUCUAUCUAUCUCAGCCUGUUCCCAUCUAUCUAUCUCAGACUGUUCCCAUCUAUCUAUCUAUCUAUCUCAGACUGUUCCCAUCUAUCUAUCUAUCUCAGACUGUUCCCAUCUAUCUAUCUAUCUCAGCCUGUUCCCAUCUAUCUAUCUAUCUCAGCCUGUUCCCAUCUAUCUAUCUAUCUAUCUCAGCCUGUUCCCAUCUAUCUAUCUCGGCCUGUUCCCAUCUAUCUAUUUAUCUAUCUAUCUAGGCCUGUUCCCAUCUAUCUAUCUAGGCCUGUUCCCAUCUAUCUAUCUAGGCCUGUUCCUAUCUAUCUAUCUAUCUAGGCCUGUUCCCAUCUAUCUAUCUAUCUCGGUCUGUUCCCAUCUAUCUAUCUAUCUCGGUCUGUUCCCAUCUAUCUAUCUAUCUCGGUCUGUUCCCAUCUAUCUAUCUAUCUCGGUCUGUUCCCAUCUAUCUAUCUAUCUAUCUCAGCCUGUUCCCAUCUAUCUAUCUAUCUAUCUAUCUCAGCCUGUUCCCAUCUAUCUAUCUAUCUAUCUCAGCCUGUUCCCAUCUAUCUAUCUAUCUAUCUAUCUCAGCCUGUUCCCAUCUAUCUAUCUAUCUAUCUCAGCCUGUUCCCAUCUAUCUAUCUAUCUAUCUAUCUCAGCCUGUUCCCAUCUAUCUAUCUAUCUAUCUAUCUAUCUAUCUCAGCCUGUUCCCAUCUAUCUAUCUAUCUAUCUAUCUAUCUCAGCCUGUUCCCAUCUAUCUAUCUAUCUAUCUAUCUCAACCUGUUCCCAUCUAUCUAUCUAUCUAUCUCAACCUGUUCCCAUCUAUCUAUCUAAGCCUGUUCCCAUCUAUCUAUCUAUCUAUCUCAGCCUGUUCCCAUCUAUCUAUCUCAGCCUGUUCCCAUCUAUCUAUCUUGGCCUGUUCCCAUCUAUCUAUUUAUCUAUCUAUCUAGGCCUGUUCCCAUCUAUCUAUCUAGGCCUGUUCCUAUCUAUCUAUCUAUCUAGGCCUGUUCCCAUCUAUCUAUCUAUCUAUCUCAGCCUCUUCCCAUCUAUCUAUCUAUCUAUCUCAGCCUCUUCCCAUCUAUCUAUCUAUCUAUCUAUCUCAGCCUGUUCCCAUCUAUCUAUCUAUCUAUCUAUCUAUCUAUCUCAGCCUGUUCCCAUCUAUCUAUCUCAGCCUGUUCCCAUCUAUCUAUCUAUCUAUCUCAGCCUGUUCCCAUCUAUCUAUCUAUCUAUCUCAGACUGUUCCCAUCUAUCUAUCUAUCUAUCUCAGACUGUUCCCAUCUAUCUAUCUAUCUAUCUCAGACUGUUCCCAUCUAUCUACCUAUCUCAGACUCCUGUUCCCAUCUAUCUAUCUCAGCCUGUUCCCAUCUAUCUAUCUAUCUCAGCCUGUUCCCAUCUAUCUAUCUAUCUCAGCCUGUUCCCAUCUAUCUAUCUAUCUCAGCCUGUUCCCAUCUAUCUAUCUAUCUAUCUCAGCCUGUUCCCAUCUAUCUAUCUUGGCCUGUUCCCAUCUAUCUAUUUAUCUAUCUAUCUAGGCCUGUUCCCAUCUAUCUAUCUAGGCCUGUUCCCAUCUAUCUAUCUAGGCCUGUUCCCAUCUAUCUAUCUAGGCCUGUUCCUAUCUAUCUAUCUAUCUAGGCCUGUUCCCAUCUAUCUAUCUCGGUCUGUUCCCAUCUAUCUAUCUCGGUCUGUUCCCAUCUAUCUAUCUAUCUAUCUCAGCCUGUUCCCAUCUAUCUAUCUAUCUAUCUAUCUCAGCCUGUUCCCAUCUAUCUAUCUAUCUAUCUAUCUCAGCCUGUUCCCAUCUAUCUAUCUAUCUAUCUAUCUCAGCCUGUUCCCAUCUAUCUAUCUAUCUCAGCUUGUUCCCAUCUAUCUAUCUAUCUCAGCCUGUUCCCAUCUAUCUAUCUAUCUCAGCCUGUUCCCAUCUAUCUAUCUAUCUAUCUAUCUCAGCCUGUUCCCAUCUAUCUAUCUAUCUAUCUAUCUCAGCCUGUUCCCAUCUAUCUAUCUAUCUAUCUCAGAUAGAUAG